AAACAAUUCAAAGGAAGCAUGUGAUGGUCCUUUGGCAAAUGCUAAGCUGUGAUUUUUCAUGAUUGUCUGGAAGUAGCUAGUGAUCCAUGUAACAAGAGAUACAAGAUACAUGGGAUCGAAGCGUAUUAAUUUAAUUAUUGUGUGGAUUUUUAAUAUUGGCUAGCAGUGCUGGACUUGUCUGGGGGGGGCAUCUCUUUCACAAAAAUGGAAUCACAUUGGCUGAUGGCACUGGGAUUUGUUUGGCAUGCCUCAAAUCAAAAACAAAAAACCCCAAGCCCCAAACAAACACCAAAAAACAGUGCUUUGAUUUCUCUGUGUGUGUGUGUGUGUAUAUGUGUAAAAAGAGAAUCUUAAAUUCUUCCACAAAUGAUAUUUUAUUAUAUCGGUCUAGCUCUACAGUAGUACGUAGUAUAUACCCCUUUAAAGUAAUGCGACAUGGAAGAUGUUGCUCCAUCAGACAAAGCUAAAAAAUUUUAUCUGAAGCACUCUCUCCGAACCCUUCCUCCUCAGUUGUCAACAAUUGCUGCUGCUUGUCAUUUCUUCUCCUUCUUCAACUUGCUUUUCUUUUUGUUGAUCAUCUUUAUCUCCUUACCAAUUUUCCCUCAUCAUCACCGGAUUUAAUUUGAUCGUCUUCUCUCCUUCAAUUAUUCUUCAGAAGUUUUAAGGUAAGAAUUAUAUAUCAAGUAGCCAUCACUGAUUGAUAUCUCUUUUUUGUUUCAGGAUAUUUUCAUGAUUGAUGGUGUUUUUUAAUAAGCAGCUUUAUUUUCUUGCUAAAAUGAUGACGCUAAUAAUAUGAUUUCUUCAUUUCAUAAAGAUAUCAUCAUGCUGCAUAUAAGAGCCCCCCCUGCAAACUUCUUCAGCAAAACAACUACUUGUCAUAUGCUUUGAUCCCAUCAGAAAUCUUGUGCAACAAUUUUCUUCUCAAAUAGCGUAAAGUCAUGAUAGGAAGGCGCUGCAGAGGGGACUAGGUUAGGUAACAGCUGCACAAACAUACAUAGAAUUUUAGCCCAUUAUUACAUGAGACGGAAGCAGUUUGCAUGUGACUCUAAGUACUUUGGUAUAUGAGAAUUGUUGGAUUUUAAUACUUGAGUAGGAAGGGAAUGAAUGAAAAAGGAGGAGUUUCGAAAAGUUUCUACGUCAAAAUGGAAGAGAACAGCUUACUUUGGAUAAAUGUCCUUGAACAGUGUUGCUUUAAGCCACUUUUUUCCUGGAUGAAAAUGAUAACUGCGCCAUGUUAGGAGACAUCUAGGUUCGUACAAUUAUCACCCAUGUUAGGAUAACGGUGUAUAGUGAUCAUCAGAGUUAGAUUCCAACAAUCAUAUUUACAUACUCCAUAUAUAUAUAUAUGCUGCUUCAAACCUGUUUGAAUGCCCUAAAGCUUCUCUCUUUAAUCGUUCCACAACUUCUUUUCUGAACUCAUCGUUGUCACUUUCUGCAUUUUCAGGGGCACAACAGCAAUAAAGGGGGAAAAGAAAAAAACAUGUGUUGUAACUGACAGUACUGAUCCAUAUCAGUUCAAGCAAAAAAAAAAGGGAUCUUGGAUCUGUUUUCACUUCCAAGAGAAAGUCGUUUGAUCUUUCAACAAUAAUGGAAAAUCUUUUUAACCCGUACGACAAGGAGUCCAUGAGAAUGGCUAUGCUAAAACACGAGGAAACAUUUAGAGAACAGGUGUAUGAACUUCACCGUCUAUAUCAAGUUCAGAAGAUACUAAUGAACAACAUCGCAAACAUCAGAAAACACGGGCAGGAUUCUUCAGACAUUAGGAACUUCAAUAUUUCACCUAAUCAAUUCAUUCAGACAGUUAAUCAUAACCAAGAUACCCGAGAAAGUCGGCCGAGGAAGUUUCUUGAUUUGGGACUUCCGGUCCAAUCGUUGCAUCGUCCAGUCGGGUUAGAAGAAGGCAUUUUUAAUGGUACAGUCCAAAAUAAUACUAUUGAGGAGGAGGAGACGGAGGAGCUGGAGCUUACAUUAGGCCUCGGCCCAUCUAGUAGUAAAAGUACGAGGAGGACUAACACGGAUUCUGCUGCAACUCUUUCUAAUUCAUCUUCCACUGAAUCUAGCCAUAUGAAGAGGCCGGAGCCAGCAACAUUUCUGAGUACGAGGAAUUCAAGUAAAGAAGAAUUAAUUGGAUGGCAAUGGGGAUUAAAUCAUCAUCAUCAUCAUCCAUCAAGUUCCAGAAGAAAUGGUGCUAGCAUUGAGGAUAUGAAGUUCAGACAGGAUAGACAUACCAAUCCUCCUUGGCUAUUCCAAGCUUUAAGUCUAAACACCACUUGAGAAGAAAAAGGAAAAAAAAAAAAAUCCAUGUAGAGAGAUCAAGAUUUUUACAAGACUGCUCCUAAGUGGUCGGCUAAUUAUGCGAUAGUUUAGUGAAUUCCCAACUCAGUUUUUUUUAAUCUGUAAUGGUGAUUACUAUAGGUCCUGCCCGUUUUGUAGAUUUUUCUUUAGCCCUUUUAUUUUCUUUAGCAGUACUAACCGCAUUUUGUAUACUUCCAGGUCAAGCUAAUUUGUUAUCCUGAGUCCAUACCUCAAAACAGAAGAUAUAACUGAAGUGAUGCAAGCUAUGCUUAAUUUGAUUGGUUUGACAGACUGGACGUUUCUAUGAAGUUCUCCCCACAAAGGAAAAAAAAAAUAAAAAUAAAAAAUAAAAAAUCUAGAGGGAAUCUUAUACAAAUCAGUCCAGAAAUAGUCCCACGUUGGAAACCAAUCUAUGUACAUGUAACUUGAUGGAUCAGAUGUUUGAGCAGUGUUCUGAUAUGACACUAAUUAAAAUGCUUGUGGUGGGGGACCAAUUGGGCUUUUUUCAUCUUUGUACUUAAACGUUUUAUCAGAACCAAUUUUAAAGCUAUAGAAAGUAACUUUUCAUCCCCAUUUGAGGUUUCGAAACCUUCUUAAAUAAUGU